UUGACUCUCCGGCUGCUCAGCGGGACUCUGCUUCUUAUCAGUUAUUACUAGAAAUCUCCCUAACACUGCAUUCGUGAGCCGUCGGUAGGGAUGCGCCAUGCCUCAGCUGGGACGCAGGAGCGCACAGUCUGACUGACUGACGCACCGAGUCCACGCCGCCGCCACUUGGACACCUUUUCCCCGUGCGCGUCUUUUCUUCCUCUAUACACUCCAUCCAUCUGCCUGCGCGCGCGUGUGUCGGGAUCCAGAAGAAGAAGAGGAAGAAUCCCAUGGAAGGAUGUCGCGAUGCUGUGCACAAGGAGAACUAAAACUUUGGUAUCGACAUGCGUAAUUCUGAGCGGCAUGACCAAUAUCGUGUGUCUCCUGUACGUCGGAUGGAUCACCAACUACGUGGCCAACGGAGGUCCCAAAGUUACCGAGAGUAACGGAGAAGCGGACAGAAAGUUAGAGGAUGACAGCAAAGGGGAAACCCUGAGGAUUAUCGAGAGGCUGGACCGGCUGGAGAGCGUCGUCAACGAGCACAUUAAAGAAACUCCUCAGAAGGAUGGCGAAGACGCUGCGUCAUCAUCAGACUCAGCCUCCGACCCCGCCUCCUCGCUGUUUGACCACUGGGGUCGCGACCUGGGCCCGGAGAGUCGAAGGGUCGCCCUGCGGAAGUUCCGUUACUACGGCUACAACGGCUACCUUAGCGACCGCAUCUCCCUCACCCGGCCCAUUGCAGAUUUACGACCGGACGGAUGCAGAAACAUGUCGUAUUCAUCAGACCUUCCACAGCUCAGCAUCAUAUUUAUCUUUGUCAACGAGGCGUUGUCGGUGUUACUGCGCUCUGUGCACACAGCCAUUCAGAGAACGCCCCCCCAGCUGCUCAAAGAGAUCAUACUGGUGGACGACCACAGCAACAGCUUGGAACUGAAGGAACACCUCCAAAGCUUCGUGGAUGAGACCAACAGCCAGCACGGCCCAGGCUUCAUCAAGGUGGUCCGCCAUGACAAGCAGGAGGGUCUGAUCAGGUCCAGAGUCAGCGGGUGGAGGGCCGCCUCUGCGCCCGUCGUCGCUCUAUUUGACGCACAUGUGGAGUUCAACACUGGGUGGGCAGAACCGAUCCUACAGCGAAUAAAGGAGGACCGGACCAGAGUGGUGUCUCCCUCCUUUGACAACAUCAAAUAUGACACUUUUGAGAUCGAGGAGUACCCACUGUCUGCUCAGGGCUUCGACUGGGAGCUGUGGUGUCGCUACCUUAACCCACCCAAGUCCUGGUGGACCCAGCGCAACCACACGGCACCUAUCAGGAGCCCUGCUCUGAUUGGCUGCUUUGUGGUCGAUAGGAAAUACUUCGAGGAGAUUGGCCUGCUCGAUGAAGGCAUGGAAAUUUACGGCGGUGAAAACGUGGAGCUCGGCAUCAGGGUGUGGCAGUGCGGCGGCAGCGUGGAAGUCCUACCCUGCUCCAGGAUCGCCCACAUUGAGCGCGCCCACAAACCCUACACCGAGAACCUGACGAGCCACGUGCGGCGUAACGCUCUGAGGGUGGCUGAAGUCUGGAUGGACCAGUACAAGAGUCACGUGUACAUGGCCUGGAACGUUCCACUGCAGAAUUCAGGAAUAGACAUUGGAGACAUUUCUGAGAGAAAGGCUCUGCGAUCCAGACUUCAGUGUCGACCGUUCAGCUGGUUCCUCACAAACAUCUACCCCGAGCUCAGAUCCUACAGCGACACUGUGGCUUAUGGAGUGCUGAAGAACAGUCUCAGAGAUGACCUGUGUUUGGACCAGGGACCGGACACCGACAACAUUCCCAUCAUGUAUCUCUGUCAUGGUAUGACUCCUCAGAAUGUGUACUACACCAGCUCUCAGCAGCUUCACCUGGGAGUCCUAAGUCCGACAAUUGACGACGAUGACAACAAGUGUCUCGUGGACGUCAACAGCAGACCCAGGCUGCUGGAGUGCAGCUACGCAGCCACCAAGCACAUGAAGCUCACCUGGACGUUCACUCAGGGGGGCUCCAUCCAGAACACUGAGUCUCUGAGUUGUCUGGAGCUGGUGGAGAGCAGACAGUCGGAGUUCAGGUUCCAGUUGGCCAUUCAGGACUGCACCGGUCAGAAAUGGACCAUCACUAAUAUACUGACUGUGUUGCCACAAUGAAAGCAGCGCCACGGUUCAGCCUCAGCACCGCUUGGACCCAACUGAACCCAGACUGAAGACGAGUUCCCUCCUGCAUCUGUGAAACGAACACAGAUGCAACGGUAGGAAAGACGAGCCCGGUUAGAAACGGACUAACAAGCUGACCUCAGCAGAGAACUAAGCGUCCGAAAAAUGAGUGUCGAUAGCGGGGGCAGAGUUUUAAGGAGAAUCUGUAGAGGAAAAGACGUACUUCAAUCAGACAUGGACCAUCAGUAACCUAAUAACUGUUUUACACCAAUGACCUGAGAAUAGAGACUCUCGCAGAUGGAGUCGGGGCUUUUAAAACUUCACACUCACACAAUCGAGUCGAAAAAUAUAGCGGCUUGUUCCAGAGGACGGGCUUAUGAAAUCAUGUGACCACUUUUGGUUCUAGCAGCAGCAGCAGGCCAGUGAUGACUUUUGGGUUGGAGUCAAAAGUGUAAGAUGGGAUCUGUAUUUCCU